CUAUUUUUUCCCUUUAUUUAGAUAGUAUAUUUAACAAAUGUUGAAAUAGAUAAAAGAGAAAAUAUAAAUGUGAAUGGAAAAGCUUUAAAUUUUAAAUUUAACUUCAAUCCAGUUGAUGAAGCAUGGAAAAGAAAAACAUGUGAAAAUUUGGGAUUUACGUUUAAAGAACAUAAAAAGUUUACUUUUGAUUUAUAUACAAAAGACAGUAUGUAUGAUUUAUAUAAAAUAUUGUCUGAUAUUAUUUGUGGGGACAGACAAUUUAAUAUAAAAUUACAAAAAGAAAUUUGUUUGAGCAUAAAAUCUAAUGAUUACAUCAAAAAAAUUUUUUCUAAUGAAGAAUCCUUACAUAAUUAUUUAAAAUUCUUCGUAAGAUUUGAAAAUCGAGUUGAUCCCGUGAACGGUAAUGUAGUUGAAGAAUGUCCAAUUUGCUUUAAAGAAUCCUAUAUCCCUAUGGUUUUGAAUAAUUGUCGCCACUCUUUCUGUUAUUACUGUGUUGAAAAUCUUUUACUAGAUGAAAAAAAUAUAUGUCCACUUUGUAGAGAAACGUUUAAUUAUUACUUGGAUAAGGACAAAGCAGGACCACAUCUAAGGGGUAACAGUGUGCUGAUACCCAUUAUUAUUUUUUUUAAAACGAUCGGCAUUAUUGUGGGCCGUCCUAGAACUGCCGUUAAACAUUACUUCAGGGCGGUUUACGACGUCUUUACUAUUCACAUCAACACGUUGUGAAUCAGCCCGAAAUUUAUAAAGAGAUGAUUCACAACGUGGUAUGGCCUCCUCCGUUAAAAUUCGAGGGUUGGUAAAAAACUCACAAUAUACAAAAAACACAUAACACAAGGAGUCUGCCUUAGGAUCUCGUGCGAACUGCGCGCUCAGCGCAGCCACCGCCUGAAUUCAGCAGGAGAGGAGUGGAUUUAGCAAAAGCGAUUGCAUAAAUUGCAGUAAGAACGAAUAACCUAUAGUAAAAAAAUAACCUGAAUUGUAAAAAAUGUUUAAUGUGCAUCACUUGUUUAAAAAUUUAAUUUAAAUUUACAUUUUUUCAAUUACGACCCACUGUUAAAGCAUUUAUUUUAA